AUGGCCAGCACCCACUCUGGAUCUGACUUCAGUGUCAUCGAAUGGGGUCGGCAAGAACAGAGUUCCCGAGAUACGACACGUCAGAUUGAUCAGGCGAAGAAAGCCACCGAAAGUACCAGACAGCUGUCUGCUACGCUAGAACGGGUUGAGCGAACGAUCGAAGGUGGAGUCGUUGCUCCUGCUGAAUGGCAGAAAGGGGUAAGAGCACGAAAGGCUUUUUUGAAGGGCGUGGAUCGUACAAUGGCCUUUAGGACCGACGACGAGAUGGAUGGCCUCGUCAAUGUUCAGCAAUUGGGACUUCAGCCUCCCUUCGUGGUUAGACCGACGGAACUGUACUCUCUGGAUCGGCUUCAGAAGCUCCUUGGUGGAGGAGUUCAGAAGACAUCGUGGACACCGGCAGAAUGCCUCGAUCGUGCCGCCGACCUAUCGAACAAAGUUGCUGUACUGGACAGCAAAGAGAAAGAGCUCUCAACCACGCAUGAGCUCGCCAAGGCACGACUGGGGACCAUCGCCUCGAAAGACGAGUCGAUCAAGGAUCUCCAAGAGAAACUUGAGAAGGAGGAAGAAGCCGUUCGCAAGCUUCAAGAACAAAUUUCCACUUCGAUGACUCCGCAAGUCGUCGAAGAGCAAGUAGAGAGUGCAUGCAAUGCAAUUCGCAGUGAGUGCGCCGCCGAGGUGGACAGGAACUCACGGGCAGCGCGAGAUCAGGAAGACAUCUUCAAGCUUGAGCUGGCCUCGAAAGAUCAGACAAUCGCUGAACUCGCGGACGAAGUCAAAUCAAGAGACUAUCAGAUCGACGACCUCGAGAAGGCUAUCGAGAAAUCGGAGACCUCGGAGAAAGAGCAGAAGACUCAGAUAGAACAUCUGCAGUCGCAACUACAAGCCGCACAGCUCGGAGAGACAGCUAACGAUGCUGCAAGCCGUAUGCGCGACCAAUCUAUCGAGCAGCUUCGUCAAUCGCUGGAAAAAGCCAAGGCCGAGCAUCUCGAGGCUGCCGAACAACUGGGUGGCGCUCGUGCCACUGUGAGCUUGUUAAAAGUAGACCUCGAGCAGAAGAAAAAGGAGACAGAUGACCUCAGUCGAAAGAACAUCGACUUGGAUAACAUCUUGCGAGACUACAACCUCGUGGAUCGUCCGAAGGCCGAGAAAGACUUGAAAGAAGCUCGGCUCGAGUCCCAAGAGCUCAAAAAGACGCUCGAAAGUGUGCGGAAAGAUCAGAAGACCACAGCACAAGACCGCGACACCGAACAGGCCACGCUCCAGGAAGUAGAGCAGAGGGCCUUGACGCUGCACGCGGAAAAUGUUCAGCUCGAGGAGGAAGUCCAAUCCAAGGCUACCACUAUACAAGAACGCGACACUUCCAUCGGCCAUCUGGGAGAACAGAUUCAGUCACUGGAGGAAAGUGUUUCGCAAGAGCAAUUCGACUUUUCCACUUUCAGCGAUGUGAUCCUCCCUUCGAUACAUGGCUUUCUGAACGUGGACGGGGUUUUGCCCAAAGAUGUCCUCAUCGGCCAUCUCGGAGUGAAGAGUACGGCUGGCCAGAAACUCAACUCAGACUUCUAUCUGGAGAUCCAUGACAAGGCUCUUUUCGAAUGGAAGAUGAUCAUGUUUCCUGCCAGCGACGUCAAGCGAGUUGUCGUCGAUUCUUCGGUCACCCUGCGCAUGUUCCUUCACGCAUGCGCCGCAAAGGGACUUUCUCAUUUGGCGAUAAUGACCGAAGCCGUCCACUGCUCGAAGAAGAGCAACAACAGGGGUGUCGAAUGGAAGCACUGGAUCGCCUGUGCUUUAAGAGUCGUCGUGACUCGCAUUCAACAUCGACAGCAAGGAACCGAUCGCGACGGCAUGUUGGCUCUUGUCGCUUUGCGACUCGUGGAAUUGGUGCUGCGGCUGUCCGUGCCCAUCACGCACUGGGAGCUUUGUGACAUCCUGAAACAGAUCGAUCAGUGCCUGGACAUUCGUCACUUGGGCCAUCCAGUUUCGCAUGCAUUGUUUCGCUGGAUAUGGUCUCUCUUGCACGAACCGACCAAAGCUCUGACCGUUGACAAGGCUUUCGAAGAGAUACAUCAGCAAUACAAUCCGCUACGCAGUGAGAAUCAGAUGCUUCUGGCUUAUCAACAUGGAAUGGUCCUGAUCAACACCGCAUCUAAGAAUAGCAUGGUCGUCUGUGUCCCUUGGAACCAGGUCAAGCAUGAGUACAAAUUCUCGACCAAUACGGAUUACGUUCGUAUCCACGGACGAUAUUUCUUCGAUGUCGAGCCAUUCACCGCCCACAACAGCCAGCUCAUCGUUGCUCGAUGGGCAGGCAGCGUAAACCAGGGCUGGGAGCGAGAGCCAGUGGAGCUGUAUGUUCCCUGGAGCUUGCGACGCCGCUCGAAGACCUCAUUGGGGUCGCAAUGA